AGCCAGGACAAAAACAAUCGGCAUCCUCUGAACACUACAACAUAAAACGGAGGAGUUGAACCAAAAUCUGGUAUCAUUAAAACACAUUUCAAAGAUACGGACACCACAGAGGGAGAGAUGGUUUCUCCGGUAACAGUGGUCAAAAGCGAAGGCCCAAAGCUGGUGCCAUUCUUCAAGGCGACAUGUGUGUAUUUCGUCCUGUGGCUGCCCACCUCAAGCCCCUCCUGGUUCAGCGCCCUCAUCAAAUGUCUGCCCAUCUUCUGCCUGUGGGUGUUUUUACUGGCACACGGCUCCAGCUUCCUAGGUGCUCACUCUAGUGCCCGCAAGAUCCUGGCCGGCCUGAUUUUUUCUGCUCUGGGUGAUGCUUUUCUCAUCUGGCAGGAACAGGGCUACUUCGUCCACGGCCUACUGAUGUUCGCCAUCACCCACAUCCUCUAUUCCUCCGCCUUCGGGAUGAAGCCCCUCAACAUGUCUGUUGGUCUGGUGGUCUCUGCUGUGUCCUCUGUGAGCUACAUGCUGCUCUACCCCUACCUGUCGGGCCCCUUCACCUACCUGGUGGCCGUCUACAUCGCUCUGAUCGGCUUCAUGGGCUGGAGGGCAAUGGCAGGCCUGCAGCUUGCCAACGACCUGUGGACCUGGACCAAGCUGUCGGCCUGCCUGGGUUCCGUGCUCUUCAUGGUGUCCGACCUCACCAUCGCCGUCAACAAGUUCUGCUUCCCAGUGCCCCACUCACGUGCCAUCAUCAUGGCCACCUACUAUGCGGCUCAGAUGCUGAUCUCGCUGUCAGCGGUGGAGUGCCAGGACGUGGAGGUCGCCAGGAAGCGGUCAUGAGGUACCAAGGGUUCUGUAGCAACUGGUCAUGAGGUUGGGAAGGUGGAAGCCGCCCCCCCCACCUCCGGCUCUGAGUGAUCAUGGACACACUUCACCGCCAGAUCCCCAACUCUCAACCCUCAUCUCAAUGUGGUGCUAAUACACCGUAACCAUGACUGGUCCACUAUCACCGUAAUACCCCUCUAGUAUGGUAGUCUCACACCUCACACACCUCACACACCUGUCUUUUUAACACAGAGAUAUACCAGUAUUAUCAUCUGUCCUCCGAUCCUAGAAUAGCUGUCUCAAGUUACCAUGGAGACAAGAGUAGUACUAUCAACCUGCUAUAUAGAGAGAGAUAUUCUUAUUUACUUUGAUCUAUUAUGUUUUAAUUUAAGGGCAGUAUGUCACUGGGGACCUGCUCAGUGUGUGGGAGAGCGAUUAUUCGUUUGUGUGUGUGUGUACAUUGAUGUGUGUAUGACAAACACCCUUACCUCACCUUCCACACAGUCCAACCACACAUCUACUUAAUGUCCUCCAAUCAUCAGUCAACUCUUUCCUUUUUGCCACUUUCUCUGUUGCCCGAGACCUUGUUAAAAAGGGAGGGUUUUUUAUAUUUCUGUCAGCCUUUUUAGGUUUUUGUUCCCCUGAAUUUAAGUCCGCUACUCUUAAAAGUCAGGAGAAAAUCCACGUGUGUUUAAAUUAUGAGCAGUCCUACACAAUUCAGUCACAACAGCCGCACUGCCUCUAUUCACUCCACUGUCUAACACGCUCAGAAAAAUACACUACUAGUCUCUCAGGAUGAAGGAAUUAGUUUGCUCUUGAAUAAGUGAUGGAGACAGAAAAAUAAUAUGACAUUGUAGGGAAAAGUUUGUGGCCUGCUGUCAAAAAGGGAGCACAGUAAACACUGGAGUCACAGAAGAUUACUGUACACAUUAUAACCUGCAGUACAGUCGCCUUUCAGGCGUUUUUUAAGUGUUUUGUUUGCCACUUUUUCAGCUCACACACCUGACACUUACAACCCCUGCUGCUUUAGUUAUUUGGAACAGUCCACAGGGGUUCUUAUUGCCGGACUGGAUCAGCCAACUCAUGCUGUCAUUGGCCUGGGACCAUGUUAUUAAGACUAACAAAAAGGAAAGGGCAAUGUUACUGGCUCUCUGUGUAUCAACUGUGCGUGUGUUUGUGUGUGUUUGUGUGUGUUUUUGUGUCUAAGUGGGCUGUUAGAAGAUAUUCCCUCAUCCGUUACCGCACACACACAAACACACACAUGAAAGUAUGCACUUUACCCCGGGGCAUCCUGACUGAAAAAAAAGAAGAAUAUUACAAAACAUGGAGAAGAGUGAACUGGCUUGUCAUGUGAGGGAACAGUUAUCUCAUUAUUCCUAAUAAUUCCCUGUCACAGGACACUUCAUCAGCUAUAAUCCUGCAAAAUCCGCCGAAGAUAAUCCCUGACAGGUUGUCUGAUAUUUUGUCUUUCAUCUAUCGCACAUUUUUUUUCCUCUCUCACCUUUCAUUAGUUUCAACUCAGAGUGUAUGGAUGGGAGUUUUGAGUGUGUGUGCCUGUGUGAGCGUGCAUAUCAACGUCUGUAUGUGUACCUGUGACAAAUCAGAACCAACUCAAGGCCAGAAAUGCUGUGAACCAUCUCAGUAUGAGUAGUACAGACUCUACUGGAUAUCUUUAAUGUAUUCUCUCUCAAGGUUCUUAAACUAUCUCCAUACCCCCUUCUCCUCUUGAAUGUUUUAACUUCUUAGUCUUUAAUGGUGGAGAUCGGGCGUGUUCAGGGUGGUAUGGCCGUAAGCAUCUCCUGACAAUUUUUGUCAGUUAAAGAUGACUUUAAAGCUCCUGUAAAGAACUUCAGGUUUGGGUCAAUUCUGGCGCCCUCAUAUAGACGAAUCGCCACUUCUUAUCUCUUUGCUGAUUCUGUCAAAUACAUGUGUAAGUAAGGUUUUGAAAAAAACCUCUCAUCUUGCCUGCUGUAACAGUCAAAAUUGGGGAAAAGGCUAUUUCUGCAGCUUACUCUAAAUGCUUUAAUUUGACACCUAUCCCAGAACAGCAGUUCAAGAAGAAGUCAUUCUUCUUCUUAAUGGUCUUGUUGGCUUUUUUCACUCUUAUUCAUUAAUAUUAGAUUGAGUCUAUUUCAUUAACAGUUCAAAACAGGAGCUUUAAGGUAAUAAUGAAUUAGGUCAAUUAUAUUCAUAUUGUGUGAUAUCUUAUCAUUCAUUUGACCUUUAGUGCAAGCAUUAACAUUCGUAAAAAAAAAGCACCUUGUAAUUAGUAUAGAGUAUGUCACUGGCUUUAUGAUUGAAACCACUAACAGUUUUUGUCCUGGGAAGAAAAUGAAUUUCAUUACAAACUCCAGCAAUCUAAAGUAUUCAUGUUUAACCUGUAACCUGAUAUACUGUGCUGUAUAUAAAACAAACAUGGAGGCAUGGAGAAGAAACAGACCCACGUUAUGGGUUCCUCCUGCUGGGUCAAUGACCCAUUAAAGCUGUCAGAAACACCCGAAUAUACAAAAAAACAACAACACACACACACACACAUAAAAAUGUGAUGAUUCACCGCAUCAGCCACCGUAAACGAUCUGCAGGCAGGUCAUGGUGUUGACAUUCAUAAAGCCCCCGUCUUGAACAUUAUGCUGAAGCAGAAAAUCUUAUUUUUGACCACAAAGGACACUCAAAACAGUCUUCUAUUUCUGAUAGUUCCUCAUCCUCCGUUUUGUCCUGUCAGCGCUACAUUUCUGCUUUGUCAGUGUGGGUUGUUUCAUCAAUCUGUGUCGCUUUGUUUUCUGUUCUGUUUUAUAAUGAGCCUCUCUCCUUCUGCAGACAUGCACUUGCCUGCCUGUGCUGUCUGAAAUCACAGUCUAGUGGAGUACAAGGAGACAUGCGGGUUUACGAGACUGAAUCUAGUAUGCAGUCUAAAGUUGAACAGUGAGGGAGGGACGAGAGAGUCAAGCCGUCUUACUCAUCCUUACUAUAUGUGGGCAACCUGUGUGGGCACUUCUUUUCUCCCUCCUGCCACAUAAAGCCUCUUGACUCGUGUUCUUACAGUUCUGAUGGCUACAUGCCAAAGACAGGCUUUACUUCAACUACUUCUGAGAAUAUUUCUGACGACCAAGUAACAUUUUGGAAAAUCUCCAUGCCUUUGUUAGCCCCUGGAGCAAAGAAUAACCUCAAACACCACACUGAAUCAGGAAUGUGCCGGUCAUUACGCCUAUUUGAAGUAUUAAGAUGUUAACCCUGAAAAUAUUGUAUUUCUUCGCCAAUGACUGGGCACAGAUAACCAAAACUGAAGCAUUGAAGAACUCAUUUCAUCGAGUAUAUCUCGUUAGUGUUAGAGCCCAUCUCAAGUAUCAAAACCUCUUUUGUAUUUGCAUGGCACUCGAGGUCCCCCUCAUUGGUCUUCCAGGAGGGUAUUGUGAGCGACACUGUAGCUGGUACGAGGUGAGGUGAUACAUGACACAAAGAAAGAGUCCUUUUCCAUCCUGCCCCCCCACCCCCACCUCACAGAUGGCAGGCCAGCAGGCGCAUCACUUUACCUCAGCCUGUCAACAGCACUGUUGUUCUGAGCUUUGUGCGUGCAGACAAAAGGGGACCUGAGAGAGCCGAGGGAGGCUGCUAUAGUCUGGCCUGAGCUGUGAAUAAUGAGCUGGAUCCACUCGCUGUUAUGGUAGGGAGAAGGAGUCUGCACUUUUUGUUCCAUUUUUACGUUUUCUCUCUCUUUCUUUUUGUGUCAUGUGAGCUUUAAUUUGAAACCAUUGCUGUUGAUGUGCAACAUUCACAACCCAGAGCUCUAAUUUUUUUGUACUCAUGCAUGGCAAGAAGUUGUCCACUGUAAACCCCUGGUGUCUUUUUAUUGGCUGCCAUUGACAGUCCUCCGACAUCAGUAUGAGCCUAUGAGAAGUCUGUAGUAAUAAUGCUGGCUUCUUUUUGAUAUAAGAACCAAAACUGCACUUUUCCACACCCAGAGUAAGGCCAGUCAAUCUCUCUUUUAAGCCAGCGGCUGAAGGGUUUCAAAUAAAAAUCAUCAGGUGUACUGUUUCCUUUUAAGUAUAUAAGCUCAAUUUUCCUGAACUCUUUGCAUUUCUUUCUAAAAAAGAGAAAACUGAAGUGAAUGUUCCAUUGUUGAGGGUUUAAGCAGAAGAAAAUGUUGCAUCAACGCUUGAGAGAAUCAGCAUUUUUCUUUGAAAGGCAUUAUUGCCCUUGAAGUGUUACAAACAUUUACGUAUCAAUCUUUUUUUUAAAGUGUUUUUAUUUUUAUUUGCAAAAAAGUCGCCCUAGAGCUUGCCUGUCAACGUGACAAAAAGCCAGGUUUGUUAUCAAGAUUACUUUGACUUCUUUUGUUUUCCCAUCACAAUCCAUUGUUUUAUGAACAAACUUUCUUUCUUUUAUUUUUUCUCUAAGAUAAACAUACCUUGUUGUUCUGGAUUUUCACUUUAUGAUUCAUUUCCUUAACGACUGUAGAGAUGAACUAGUUUUAUUUGCUGUAGUGAAACUGCUAUGAAUGUGAAUAUCUAUUGGAGAAAUAAAUGCAAUUGCAAUGCAACUUUAA